AUGCAAAUCAUCACUGCGAACCCUUCUCGCGGUGCAAGUGUCAACUUUGCCUUUGACGACAAGAAUGCCACUUUCAUCUCUGACAACAACGACACACAAUUACCUUGGUAUAUGGGACAAUGGACUACGCCCGUGACGGCUGUGCUGGAGGCCUAUGUGUUGGUUUCGUUCUUGGUGUUUUUGAUCAUGUUUAUGAUGUGUAUCCAUCGGCGUGGGUGUUGUCACAUCUUUCACUCCAGACGCAGAAGAAGAGUUGUUCGAUAUCAACAACGGCUGAGAGUGAGGGUGCAGAUUGAACAGCACACACACAACGUCAUGCAAGAAGAGUCGGAUAGAGAUGAAGAUGGCCAUGGAGUCAACAGUACCUCAUCCAGAGACCCUGCUACUGUCGACGCCGAGCACGAUAUCCAGAGAUUGGAAAGAGCUUUGAGGGUUGCUGGGAUGGCUUGA